AUAAUCUGGGCGAGAGCACCUAGUACUGUUGCGGCAAAGGUCUGGUGUGAUACCAGCCCGGUGUUGUGUUGAUGGUUAGACUGCACAUUUGCUUGCUAGUAAACGAGCUAAUGAUGAAUCGCAUCGAAUAAAUAGAUAUUGUCCCCCAGGCGCCGGGGCGAUCAUAGUUAAAACGCAAUCAGUGUGACAUGCUGAAGAAGUGGUUUUAAACGGAUCACCAGUUUAAGAAUACAUGCGUUUUUUCAUGCAGCUGUCUGAACCCUUUUCCACGGUGUACUGAUGUGUUGACUGUAGUUAGCCAAGUUAGCUAGCUGCGACGGUGCGUCACCAUUCAAGAUGGACACCGCGGAGGAAGUGGAUCCCCCUUUCAGUAACAGCAGGUGCUGUUUUCAGUGCCUGGAAGUCCAAGCGGAUAUAUGCAGGGUGUGUCGGUCGGAAGGGACCCCAGACAAGCCCCUCUAUCACCCCUGUGUCUGCACUGGCAGUAUAAAAUUCAUCCACCAAGAAUGCUUGGUUCAGUGGCUGAAACACAGCAGGAAGGAAUACUGCGAAUUAUGCAAGCAUCGAUUUGCUUUCACACCAAUUUACUCUCCAGACAUGCCUUCUCGGCUCCCGGUCCAGGACAUAUUCGCAGGUCUGGUGACCAGUAUUGGCACGGCCAUCCGAUACUGGUUCCACUACACGCUGGUGGCCUUUGCCUGGCUGGGAGUGGUACCUCUCACAGCUUGUCGCAUCUAUAAGUGUCUAUUUACUGGCUCUGUGAGCUCUCUCCUGACCCUGCCUCUGGAUAUGCUGUCAACAGAGAACUUGCUAGCGGACUGUUUGCAGGGCUGUUUUGUGGUCACCUGCACCCUGUGUGCGUUCAUCAGCCUGGUGUGGCUGCGUGAGCAGAUCGUCCACGGUGGCGCCCCCCAGUGGCUCGAGCAGAACCUGCAGCAGCCUCCCAACGCAGCCGCCCAGCCCAAUGAGGCCCCGGGGGCAGGCAAUGAGGCGGGCGAAAACCAUCCCGCCCCGGCGCCCGCUGUCCCGCCCCCCGAGGACGUGGCGGCGGCCGACGUCCCUGACGCCCCAGCAGAUCCCGUGGAGAAUGCGGAGGGGGACAACGAGGAGGAGGACGAGGCUGGAGCUGAGGACGCCGCAGAGGGCAACAAUGGAGGGCAAGAUGACAUGAACUGGAACGCGCUGGAAUGGGACCGAGCGGCAGAGGAGCUCACGUGGGAGAGGAUGCUUGGACUCGAUGGCUCCUUGGUGUUCCUGGAGCAUGUUUUCUGGGUAGUCUCACUGAAUACACUCUUCAUUCUGGUGUUUGCUUUCUGUCCUUAUCAUAUCGGACAUUUCUCUGUUGUGGGACUUGGCCUUGAAGAGUAUGUCCAGGCCUCGCACUUUGAGGGCCUGAUCACGACCAUCGUGGGCUACAUCCUCCUAGCCGUCACUCUGAUAGUGUGUCAUGGUCUGGCUGCUCUGCUCAGGUUCCAGAGGUCCCGGCGGUUGUUAGGAGUUUGCUACAUUGUGGUAAAGGUUUCCCUGCUGGUGGUUGUGGAGAUUGGAGUCUUCCCCCUCAUUUGUGGCUGGUGGCUCGACAUUUGCUCCCUGGAGAUGUUUGAUGCCUCUCUGAAGGACAGAGAGGUGAGCUUCCAGUCCGCUCCAGGCACUACCAUGUUCCUGCACUGGCUCGUGGGAAUGGUCUACGUCUUCUACUUCGCCUCUUUCAUUCUCCUGCUGCGAGAGGUUCUCAGGCCCGGUGUCCUCUGGUUUCUAAGAAACCUGAACGAUCCUGAUUUUAACCCGGUCCAAGAAAUGAUCCAUCUGCCCAUAUACAGGCAUCUGAGACGAUUCAUUUUAUCGGUGGUGGUAUUUGGAUCGAUAGUCCUUUUGAUGCUGUGGCUUCCCAUUAGAAUAAUAAAGCAAGUCUUACCCAGCUUUCUUCCUUACAAUGUCAUGCUGUACAGCGACGCCCCGGUCAGCGAGCUGUCCCUGGAGCUGCUGCUGCUGCAGGUGGUCCUGCCGGCACUGCUGGAGCAGGGACACACACGGCAGUGGCUGAAGGGACUGGUGAGGGCGUGGACUGUAACUGCAGGCUACCUGCUAGAUCUGCACUCCUACCUGCUGGGAGACCAGGAGGAGGCGGACAACAACGGCAAUCAGCCGGCCAACAACAACAACGCGCAGGCCCGCAACAACAACAACAACGCGGCCCCGGCCCCGGCCCCGGCGGCGGCGGAGGGGCUGCAUGCCGCCCACCAGGCCAUCCUGCAGCAGGCCGGCCCCGUGGGCUUCCAGCCCUACCACCGGCCCCUACGGUUCCCGCUGAGGAUUGUGUUGCUGAUUGUGUUCAUGUGUGUUACCCUGCUGUUGGCUAGCCUGAUGUGCCUGACGCUACCAGUGUUCGCCGGCCGGUGGUUGAUGUCCUUCUGGACGGGCAGCGCCAAGAUCCACGAGCUGUACACCGCGGCGUGCGGCCUGUACGUGUGCUGGCUGUCCAUCCGCGCCAUCACCGUGCUGCUGGCCUGGAUGCCCCAGGGCCGCAGGGUCAUCCUCCUCAAGGUCCAGGAGUGGACGCUCAUGAUCAUAAAGACGCUGAUUGUGGCUCUGUUGCUGGCUGGAGUCAUCCCUCUCCUACUGGGCCUGCUGUUUGAUUUGGUCAUUGUGGCUCCGCUGAGGGUCCCCCUGGACCAGACGCCCCUCUUUUACCCCUGGCAGGACUGGGCUUUGGGAGUUCUCCACGCUAAAAUCAUCGCCGCCAUCACCCUCAUGGGACCGCAGUGGUGGCUGAAGACGGUGAUCGAGCAGGUGUACGCCAACGGGAUCCGCAACAUCGACCUGCAUUUCAUAAUCCGCAAGCUGGCCGCCCCCGUGAUGGGCGUGCUGCUGCUGUCCCUCUCUGUGCCCUACAGCAUCGCCGCGGGGAUCAUCCCCAUCGUCGGCGUUACCAUGGAGAUGCAGAUCCUGGUGCAGCGCCGCAUCUAUCCGUUCCUCCUGAUGGUGGUGGUGCUCAUGGGAAUCCUCUCCUUCCAAGUGCGGCAGUUCAAGCGCCUCUAUGAGCACAUCAAGAACGACAAGUACCUCGUUGGCCAGAGACUCGUGAACUAUGAACGCAAGGCGGGCAAAUCCAGCUCCGCCUCCUCUGCCAGCUCCCCUUGAGCGUAGACACCGCCCGUUUCACCC